GGCACUUGGUUUUGUUUCCAAAAACCAUGGGUUCUCUUUCCUUCUUUGCUUUGCUUUGCUUGAACCGCCUGUAGUUUCCCAACUAUAUAAAAGGACCCAAACUUUCAUUCCUCCAACCCCAAGCUCGAUCAGAACCUCAUCAGGAAAAAACCUGAAGGAAAUCUCCAUCUUCUAAUCUUUCAGAGAAGAGUAUCAAACCCUUUUUAACAAUGAGUGCAGCCGCAGGAAGGAAAGCCUGGAUUGUGGCAACUACAAUUGGGGCAGUGGAGGCACUGAAAGACCAAGGGAUAUGCAGGUGGAAUUAUACUAUAAGGUCACUGCAUCAACAUGCCAAGAACAACAUCAGGUCCUUUUCUCAAGCCAAGAUGCUUUCUUCUUCUUCAUCUUCAGCUGCUGUUUCAAGUAAGUUGAGGAAGGAGAAGAGGAGGAAAGCUGAGGAGAAAAUGAGGAAAGUCAUGGAUUUGAACUGUUGGGGUCCUAAUACUGCAAAGGAAUUUCAAACAAUGAGUGGAGAAGCAAGGAAAGCCUGGGUUGUGGCAGCUACAAUAGGCACAGUAGAGGCAAUGAAAGACCAAGGGAUCUGCAGGUGGAAUUAUACUAUAAGGUCACUGCAUCAACAUGCCAAGAACUGUAUCAGAUCAUUUGACCAUCAGGCCAAGAUGCUUUGUCCUUCUUCUUCUUCUUCUUCUUCUUCUUCUUCAGCUGCUUCAAAUAAGUUGAUGAGUAAAUCUGAAGAGAUAAUGAGACAAGUCAUGGAUUUGAGCUGUUGGGGUCCUAGUACUAUUAGAUUUUAGUGUUGUGGAUGUUCAUGUAAUGAAAAUUGCUAAAUAUUGUAGUAGUAGAAUAUAUUUUCUUGGCUCCCCAAUUUUGUUACUGGUUCAGCUUUUGGAUUUUGGAUGAGUAGGGGUUGGUUCAAGAUUUGGCUUGUUGGUGUUAAAACUUGAAGGCCAGUUAGCCCAGCUGCCAGAAAUGGAAUGAAAUUGAAUAUGGUUUUGGAUGAUAAGUUCAUGGAGAGACCCAAAAUUAUUUUCAGCAGGCAAAGGAUAUGCUUGAAACUUACUAGGAUUUAAAGGAAUGCCAUUCAUAUGCCAGCAAGUUUAGCAGUGGAUUUGGGUGUAAAGAACAGCAAGACGCUCUAUUUAUUUAACAAAAAGUUUGGGGUUUUCUGUUUGUAAUCAGAAGGCUAAAAGGAAAAAGGAAAAACCCUUUGGAUUGAAGACUAUUCAGCCAAAAUUUCAUAGUUCAAUUCCUAUUGUGACUGCAGACAAUGAGAAGAAUACAAAUUAUUGGAAACUUCAGCUGCAAUGCCAAAGCUGGAUCUUAAGCUUUAGUACUAGCUUUUCCAUGGACAAAAAAUUCUUUGUAUUGUUUUUAACAGACAACAGUCCUAAUAUACACUUUUUUUAAGAUCAUAAAGCUUAAGAAAUCAUGUUAUUCAGACUUAAAAUCUUAUGAUCUCUGAAUUGCUUGAUUAUUUAUGAUCAACAAAUUCACCAAAUUAACUAGAAGAUUUGCUAAUUUUACCAAUCAAAAUUUACAGAAGCAACAGUGACAAGGUGAAUCUGAUAAUAUACCAUUAUCCUACUGAAGUUUGUUCAAAUCUCUGAAAGCUGAUCUGGGAAGAUUUGCACCCUUUUUCCUCCUCUUUACAGACUGACAAGUGACAACAUCCUGUUUUAACAAUAUUUGUUUUUUCCAAAUGC